UCGAUGUUUCUCCACCUCCACUGCUGACGGCUUUUAUUAUUAUUUGUUUUAUUUUCGGAGCACCGCAACAGGAGCCGCAGGAUCAGGACAGCGAAGUGACCAUGGCACCACCACCGCCGCCUCUGUCCACCACGAACCUCAACCCACAGCAGCUGACUGCCGCUCCGCCGCCACCGCCAACGGGGCAAAAUAUAGCGCCAUCGGGCGCCUUUCCAGGCUCACUAACACCCGGCUGGAACGAUCCGCCGCCGCUUUCGGCCGACGCCCUGACCAGCAACGCCAACAACCGACGUCCUCGCCUCGAUCUCCGCAAGCGCGUGGCCCAUCCGCUGGACGGCAAGUCGUCCGGUGGGCCUCCUCCUCCGCUGGACGCCGGCUCACCGCGUCCCGUGGCCAUGGUGCCGCCCCAGCGCCAGAUUCCGCAACCCGAUCCGCAGCUGGGCGGCCCGGCGGAUGCGGGAGGAUUCGCCGGUGGAGGAGGAGGAGGAAUCGGAGGACCGAAUGCCGUGCGCCUGCCGCCGUUGGCCCAAGCGAUCGGCAUCGAUCCCGCCAAGGUGCCGGUGGCCAUGGUGCCGCCCAGGCAGAAAUAGCAAGUAGAUAGGUUAAGGAUAAGCAACUCCAAAUCACUGUGUUCCCCAUAUUUUUCUAUGUACUCCACUCAAUACAAUGGCUAAUGGAGCCCCAGAAAGUGGAA